GCCGCGCCGCCGCGGGAGCGAGUGAGCGCGCGCCCCGACGACCCCUCCCCCGGCGCCCGCGCUGGGGCCCGAGCUCCGCCCCUCGCCGAGCCGCCCCCUGCGCGGCUGCGGGCAGAUCUCGCUCCGCUCUGCGGACGCUGCCACCUUCGUGGUCUCUUCCUCCUUCCGCAGGUGUGCGAGGGCCUCUCGGGGCAGAGGCGCUGCCCUGGGUGGCCGGCAGGGCCCGCGCGGCUGCUGAGCGCUCGGCGCAGGGAAGCCGGAUCCCCCGCCCGCGCGGCGCCGUGACAGGUGCAGGGUCUGGCUUAAGGACCCACCUGCGGCGGCGGCUGCGAUGCCCACCAUGCGGAGGACCGUGUCGGAGAUCCGGUCCCGCGCCGAGGGUUAUGAGAAGACUGAUGAUGUUUCAGAGAAGACGUCACUGGCUGACCAGGAGGAAAUAAGGACUAUAUUCAUCAACCAGCCCCAACUGACAAAAUUCUGCAAUAACCAUGUCAGCACCGCAAAAUACAACAUAAUCACAUUCCUCCCAAGAUUUCUCUACUCUCAGUUCAGAAGAGCGGCUAAUUCAUUUUUUCUCUUUAUUGCACUGCUCCAGCAAAUACCUGAUGUAUCACCAACAGGUCGCUAUACAACAUUGGUUCCUCUCUUAUUUAUUUUGGCUGUGGCAGCUAUCAAAGAGAUAAUAGAAGAUAUUAAACGACAUAAAGCUGAUAAUGCGGUGAACAAGAAACAGACUCAAGUUUUGAGAAAUGGUGCUUGGGAAAUUGUGCACUGGGAAAAGGUGGCAGUAGGGGAGAUAGUGAAAGUGACCAAUGGGGAGCAUCUCCCAGCAGAUCUCAUCAGCCUGUCCUCAAGUGAGCCCCAGGCCAUGUGCUACAUUGAAACAUCCAACUUAGAUGGUGAAACAAACCUGAAAAUUAGACAGGGCUUACCAGCAACAUCAGAUAUAAAAGACAUUGACAGUUUGAUGAGACUCUCUGGAAGAAUUGAGUGUGAAAGUCCAAACAGACAUCUCUAUGAUUUUGUUGGAAACAUAAGGCUUGAUGGACACAGCACUGUGCCCCUGGGAGCAGACCAGAUUCUUCUGCGAGGUGCUCAGCUGAGAAAUACGCAGUGGGUUCAUGGAAUAGUUGUCUACACUGGACAUGACACCAAGCUAAUGCAGAAUUCGACAAGUCCGCCACUUAAACUCUCAAAUGUCGAAAGGAUUACAAAUGUGCAGAUUUUGAUUUUAUUUUGUAUUUUGAUUGCCAUGUCUCUUGUCUGUUCUGUGGGCUCAGCCAUUUGGAAUCGAAGGCAUUCUGGAAGGGACUGGUAUCUCAAUCUAAACUAUGGUGGUGCUAAUAAUUUUGGACUGAAUUUCUUGACCUUCAUCAUCCUUUUCAAUAACCUCAUUCCUAUCAGCUUGCUGGUGACAUUGGAAGUGGUGAAAUUUACCCAGGCAUACUUCAUAAAUUGGGACCUUGACAUGCGCUAUGAACCCACGGACACUGCCGCUAUGGCGCGGACGUCUAACCUGAACGAGGAGCUUGGCCAGGUAAAAUAUAUAUUUUCUGACAAAACUGGUACUUUGACCUGCAAUGUCAUGCAGUUUAAGAAGUGCACCAUAGCCGGAGUGGCUUAUGGCCAUGUCCCUGAACCCGAGGAUUAUGGCUGCUCUCCUGAUGAAUGGCAGAGCUCACAGUUUGGAGAUGAAAAAACAUUCAGUGAUUCAUCGUUGCUGGAAAACCUCCAAAAUAAUCAUCCCACUGCACCAAUAAUAUGUGAAUUUCUCACAAUGAUGGCAGUAUGUCACACAGCAGUACCGGAGCGGGAAGGAGAUAAGAUUAUUUACCAGGCAGCAUCUCCAGAUGAGGGAGCCUUGGUCAGAGCAGCCAAGCAGCUGAAUUUUGUUUUCACUGGAAGAACGCCUGACUCAGUGAUUAUAGAUUCACUGGGGCAGGAAGAAAGAUAUGAGUUGCUCAAUGUCUUGGAGUUCACCAGCGCUAGAAAGAGAAUGUCAGUGAUUGUUCGCACUCCAUCCGGGAAGUUACGACUUUACUGCAAAGGAGCCGACACUGUAAUUUAUGACCGACUGGCAGAAACUUCGAAAUACAAAGAAAUUACCCUAAAACAUUUGGAGCAGUUUGCUACAGAAGGGUUAAGAACCUUGUGUUUUGCCGUGGCUGAGGUUUCAGAGAGCGACUUUCAGGAGUGGCGAGCCGUCUAUCAGCGUGCGUCCACAUCUGUGCAGAACAGGCUGCUCAAACUCGAGGAGAGCUACGAGUUAAUCGAAAAGAAUCUUCAACUACUGGGAGCUACAGCCAUUGAGGAUAAAUUACAAGAUCAAGUGCCUGAAACCAUAGAAACUCUAAUGAAAGCAGACAUCAAAAUCUGGAUCCUUACAGGAGACAAGCAGGAAACUGCCAUUAACAUUGGACACUCCUGCAAACUUCUGAGGAAGAACAUGGGAAUGAUUGUUAUAAAUGAAGGCUCUCUUGAUGGAACACGGGAAACUCUCAGCCGUCACUGCACUACCCUGGGUGAUGCCCUUCGGAAGGAGAAUGACUUUGCUCUUAUAAUUGAUGGGAAAACCCUCAAAUAUGCCUUAACUUUUGGAGUGAGGCAGUAUUUCCUGGACUUAGCUUUAUCAUGCAAAGCUGUAAUUUGCUGCAGGGUUUCUCCUCUUCAAAAAUCUGAAGUUGUUGAGAUGGUUAAGAAACAAGUGAAAGUCAUAACACUCGCCAUUGGCGAUGGAGCAAAUGACGUCAGUAUGAUACAGACAGCGCAUGUUGGGGUAGGAAUAAGCGGCAAUGAGGGCCUUCAGGCAGCCAAUUCCUCGGACUACUCGAUAGCUCAGUUCAAAUAUUUGAAGAAUCUGUUGAUGGUGCAUGGCGCCUGGAACUAUAACAGAGUCUCCAAGUGUAUCCUGUAUUGCUUCUACAAGAAUAUAGUCCUCUAUAUCAUCGAGAUCUGGUUUGCCUUCGUGAAUGGCUUUUCUGGACAGAUCCUCUUUGAGAGAUGGUGCAUAGGUCUUUAUAAUGUGAUGUUUACAGCAAUGCCACCCUUAACUCUGGGAAUAUUUGAGAGAUCAUGCAGAAAGGAGAAUAUGUUGAAGUAUCCUGAAUUAUACAAAACAUCUCAGAACGCCCUGGACUUCAACACCAAGGUUUUCUGGGUUCAUUGUUUAAAUGGCCUCUUCCACUCAGUUAUUCUGUUUUGGUUUCCACUAAAAGCCCUUCAAUAUGGCACUGUAUUUGAAAAUGGGAAGACGUCUGAUUAUCUGCUGUUGGGAAACUUUGUUUACACAUUUGUGGUGAUAACUGUGUGCUUGAAAGCUGGAUUGGAGACAUCAUAUUGGACCUGGUUCAGCCACGUAGCCAUCUGGGGCAGCAUCGCUCUCUGGGUGGUGUUUUUUGGAAUCUACUCAUCUCUGUGGCCUGCCGUUCCGAUGGCCCCUGAUAUGUCAGGAGAGGCGGCCAUGUUGUUCAGUUCCGGCGUCUUUUGGACGGGCCUGUUAUUUAUCCCUGUGGCCUCCUUGCUCCUUGACGUGCUGUAUAAGGUUAUCAAGAGGACUGCUUUUAAAACAUUAGUAGAUGAAGUUCAGGAGCUGGAGGCAAAAUCUCAAGACCCAGGAGCAGUUGUGCUUGGAAAAAGCCUCACAGAGAGGGCGCAACUGCUCAAGAACGUCUUUAAGAAGAACCACGUGAACCUGUACCGGUCAGAAUCACUGCAACAAAACCUGCUCCAUGGGUAUGCUUUCUCUCAAGACGAAAAUGGAAUCGUCUCACAGUCUGAAGUGAUCAGAGCAUAUGACACCACGAAGCAGAGGCCUGAUGAGUGGUCAUGAGUCGCGGGGCUGCGAGGCCAGCUCUGAUACGUCCUUUCGGGGAAUCCCAGGUCUUCACCAGAAUCUGCUGACCAAUUCCAGUCUGGUCCAAGGAGGGGAAAUGGAUCUGAGCUCAUCUCAUUGACUGACAUUCAGAUUCAUGUAUAUUAUAGACGUAAGCACUGUGCAACUAUACUGUAACACCAUCUCUUUCAGAUUUUCUAAAGUAUUUGCUAAGUCUUUGUAAACAGACAUUGAAAAUGACCUUGUAUCUUGCCAGAGUGGUUUUUUUUUUCCAACUGAAAAAAGGUCAGUAUUCUUUUGCUGUUACUCUGGAGCUAUAACUAUCAGUGUCUUGGAUACACCACAAGGCUAUUCACGAUUAAAAUUCUGUAAAAUGGUAGUAAGAGGGACUCUUGAUAUCCAAAUUUAGAUUUCAGAACAUGCUGCGGGGUGGGGGGCGGGGAGGAAACAGCCUUCUUAAAGAAGCCACUCACUGGGCAAAAUUUCUAAAUGAGACAUUAAUGAUAAGUGUUUGUGUCAAAAAUUGUCUUGAUAAAUGUUUGCCAAAGAAGUUCAAUAAAUGUAUUACUAUUUCUCCUUCAGUAGUCAUUUGCCCAGAAAUUUACAAGAAAGUUUACCUCCAGUUCUGCUGUGAGAUCUGCAUGCCUGACUUUUCCAAUCUCAGAGUGAUUUGUAAAAAUGAGUAUUUCAAGGCAUUUGCUACUAAUAUCUGUGAUGUUGCACCUUUGGCCUUACAAAUGCUUCUCUCUCAUUUGUCUGUCUGUUCAGGUGGAAGUGCACACGUGAUUAUGUGACUGUCGUUACAAUACUGAUUUUUAAAACUGUACUUACGUCUCCAUCCUUUCUAAUGACAUUUCAUCAUCGUUGAGAUUUUUCUUACAACCUGGCUUCUGCUGUAGAUUAAGUGAUGUCAUUUUGCCUUUGAGUUUUCUUUUUAAGAAAAAUGUACUUAAGUGUUUAUUUGGGAUUUCCAGUACUUCUGUCGAGGUGUUUGUAAAACCAUGUCAGAUAAAUGCCUGGGCUUCUGUAGUGUCUGUAGGCUCAGCUUUUUGUCCUGUGUUUUGGUUUUCCCGAGUAGUGCCCGUUCCAGAUGCCUGUUGUCCUUGAUGGCACGCCCCAGGUCAAGGUGAUUGCCCUGAACUUAAAACCAAGAAUGGCUUAACAGUGCCCUUGUCAAGCCGCUCCCAAAAUUAGGCACAUGCUGCUAGUUGGAACAAAUAAGUAGUACUUCCCCACCCCCCAUUUUAAAAACACCUAUUUUAUUCAAGCCUAUAACUUUACAAAGAACUCUGUUCAUCAUGAGUAGAUUUUGUUAAUAUGCUUUAAAAUAUAGAUUCAAUUUAAUUGUUUCAGCAUUUCCAAGAUAUCUCCUGAAAAUGCCUAUUUUGCUAUACCAACAAUUAAUGGUGAAGGGGCUGUUUAAAAACCACAACCAGUUUUCUACACUAUUUUUAACAUAACGCUUUCAUGUAGAAAUAAGAAGAAUUCUAGCUUUCAGAUACAUUUCAGAGAUUGAAGCAAACUUUUUGCCUUGUAUUCAAAAGCCUGUUUGCCUUUAAGUGGACUUACCAGCAAAAUAGAUAGAACUUCCUCUUUAAAAAACUAAGUCAACUACAAUUAAGAAGAGAGGUGAUUUUCAAAUCACUCCUUGAGUUUAAUAAUUUCACAUCUUUUUCACCCUUUUUCUCGAUCUAGAUUUAAAAUUUUAGUCUAUAUAUCAUUUCCUUCUCUGAAUUUUUAGCUCUUUAGUUACAUGUAUGCCUCCCACAUUUUCUACAAAUAAGAGAGGUUAUGACAUACAUAAUUUGAAUUUAAAAGGGUUAAGAAGGUGACAUAGUUACUCUCCACACCCUUUCCAUUCGGAGUUCAGAUUGAGAAAAGCAUGAAUUCAAAUAUGCAAGACCACAGGUCUGAGAGUCUACGAUCAUCUUCAAAAUUCAGAUGUCACAGUGUUACCGAAUGGUUAUUCAGAGUAUCUGGGCCUCUGUGAUGACGGGUGAAGUCAAACCACAAAAAAAUAGAAAACAAGAAUCAAGUAAAAGGAAUAACGGCUUUUUUAAAAAAAGAAGCAUGAAGUACAUCCCUCGGGAGAAACACUUAAUUGCAGUUCCGGAAAAGGGCUGCUUCCAUUUCCCCUCACCUCACAGGUGACAUCCGUCUCCAUAAUUUUAAUACAGAAAUGUGAUGAGUGUAAUAGAACUGAAUUUUCUGACUUAAGAAAACUGAAAGCUUUAUUUUUACCUGGAAACAUGAUUUGUUUCUGUGGAGCUCUUCAACAUGAGUGGAGGACUCAUGGUUAAUAAUGUGAAAAAGCAUGAUCUGAAACAUGACUGAUUUAUGCCUUUUUGUCCCAUGGACCUGUUUUUGAAUUAUCAACAUUAAGUCAAUCUCUUAGCUUCUCGGUAGGGAGUUAAGGGGUAGGCAGCAGGGAGUGACCACCUUGGUAAAACUUAAAAGACAACAUUGCAACUGCAGUGACUUUGUAGUGUUAGAGAAAACCCUCCUUUUUUAACGUUCCUAAGUGGGGUGGGGGUGGGGGUGGGUAACACAGUUUUACCAGGAUUAAAAUAAAUAGUUGAAGUGACUUUUAAUGUGUAUUUUCUGAAAUAAGGGACAUUCUUCAAUUAAAAAGUCCCUUAUAGGGACUCUGGCAAAUGCUAACACCAUUGCUUAAAUGUUUACAGUUCAGAAAAUACUACUCACAGCAGAAAAUCCUCAUUCAUUUUGCAUUGAAAAGUUGGAAGUUGCUUCUUUAGCAUUGACUAGUACACAGUGAUAUUGAGCAUGAACUUUCUAAAUGUUUUAUAUAUACAUAUAAAAAUAUAUUGGUGUCUCACACCUAGAAAAAUGCUAUAUGGUAGAAAGUAUGAGCAGGAAAACUGGUGUUUCUCAGGAAUGUAGUAAAUUUUAAAUGGAAUAAGCGCCAUCCACCCUCCCACACAAUACUCUGGCUGACAUGAGCCUGCUUGGGCAACGUGGCAAAGUUAAUGGAAAACUUCUUCUAAUCAAGUCAGGUGAAUGUGUAUUAUAUUCAGUAUUAGCCAUUAACAUGAAUUGUGUGGUCACUGAAUGGAAUCAGCGAUUCCUCUUAAUUUCCAGGGGAAAAAAGUGAAUUCAAGAAAUCUACAUUUAUUCUGGUCAUUACAUUUUGUAUUUUAAUUUUGCAGUCCUGCACCCUACAUAGCCAGUGUGAAAAUCACGUGAUGAUUUGUUCUGCAUUGUGUAUGCUGUGUAUCACUUACCUGUCACUUAAAAUGUUCUUUCAGGAAAUGAAUACUAAUCUGAAUGUACUAGAUUGCAUAUUCACAAAUUUUUAUGUAUAACAAAAUCAUCAUUAUUACAAAGCUAAAUAAUCAUUCGUGUUUAUUUUUGUGCAGUUUGCCCUUUAAUAUGUCCUGGUUCUAAGACUUAUAUCAUCUAAUAAGUCUAUAAUCAUGUACAAAAUUUAUUGAGCAAAUUGCCACCCUGUUCACAUCAUAUGAACCAGGCCCAUGGAAUUCUUUUUGUAAAUUACUUCAUGUAAACACCAUGCAGUCUGGUGCCUAAUAAAUGCUUUUUAAUGAUGAACAUUUCUAUAAUGCCUCUUAAAGAGACCAUAGUCUGAUUUUUCUCACAUUAAAAUAAGUGAAGUCACUCGUGAAACUGUUAUACUUUGCUGCAUUUUAAUUAACCUUCAACAGCUAUUAAAAUGGAAUGUAAGUUGAAUUUUGAAGGAAAGGAAAUAAAUGUUUUCCAUUUUUCGCCUUGAUUUAUUUUCUGUAUGAGAGCAGCUGUGUUUUUGAUAGGUUUAUGGUUUGCAUGAAUUAAUAUUUAAGGUGGUCUGGGCCAACGCAUGGCUAUUGCUGUAAAUCUUGAUGUUUAUUUCUGCCUUAAAAUUCCCUCAUGGCCUACCUGAGACUUAAUAUUCAGUGCACAAAUUAACUGGUCCUCCACACAACUUUUUUUUUAUUAAGUAAAUUAUCUUACAAACAAAUUUGAACUAAUUUAAUUGAAACUUUUGUUUAGCUUGCCUCUAAGAACUUUUUUUAAUAAAGCUCACAAAAUUUCUCAGCAAAUAAAUCUCCCUUAAGUAGGAAAAAAAAAAGCUAGAUUUCAUACUUGCUUACUUUGAAUUAACAGCAACUUUCCAUAGGUAAAUCUGCUCUUGCAAAGAUGUGAGCAGAAUACUUGAAAAUACGUGUUUUUGUUUCAUAGUUCUAGACUAGAAGCCAUAAAUGCAGUAAACACUGUUUGUUGUUUGUUUUACUACUUCAAGCUUCAUUUUUCACAUUUUCAAGUUUAUUAGGUUAAAAAAAAAAAAAAGGCAGCCUUGGAAGGCAGCUACUAUGGAAAAUUGCAGUUUGCAUUCAAAAUAAAAUAGUAUUUUCAGCUCCAUGAACAACCAUUCCUGCUGAAACUGCUGUAGAAAUCGUGAUGCUGCAUGAGUGGAGAGUGCUGAGUCUGUGAUUGUAGUAGUUUUCUCAGGUGUCUUUAUCUCGAUGUUCAAUGCACUGUGUUUUAUAAACAGUUAUUAAAGUCGCGUAAUAUUCAGUUCUAUGCAGUGUUCUGUGUCAUUGGCCUUUUGUGAAUGUGCAUGUUUUAAACUGCAAAUUUUAAACAUUUUUGUCCUCUUAUUAAAAAUUAAAUAAACUGUACCAUUACAUAAA